AUGGGGUCGAAUUGCUUCGCGCAGACCUUAAAGUCUCUUCAUAUCCCUUCCCAGCCUCUUAUAUUUGCCAAAGUAUGGGACCUAGCCUCUCUGAACAUGGUCUUGUCUCUCAGCAGCGAAACCUCGAAACCGGUCAAAGCAACCGCUACCGCUUCAUGGGCCUUCGCCGCUUCUCUAGGCGUGGAAGACGAAGAGCUCACUAUGGAGCAGAAUCUAGCCUCAAUCCGAAACCUUGCUGCAAGGGCUACAUCAGCCGGUUUGCCGCUCUCUGUUGACCUUCAAGAUGGCUAUGGAUUUCGUCUUCGUGAAGCAGUCAACCAAGCGUUCCAAGCUGGAGCUCAUGGUGCCAACAUUGAAGACAGCAUCCCAGCUCGUGGUCUCGGACAAGGGAUUGAGCAUUCUUUGUAUCCCGUAAAAGCCACAGCUGACGCAGGCCCCCCUGACUUUGUCAUCAACGCCCGUUGUGACGUUUUCGCUUUGGAAGACGUCGCGAAUCUCAACCAUGAAACGCGUAUGAAAGAGUCAGUGAGGCGUGGCAAAGCGUACUUAGAUGCUGGAGCUACGACUGUUUUCUUCUGGCGCGGAUAUGGUGCCGGCUUCACAGAAGCUGACGUGCAGACACUUGUCAAAGAGCUUGAUGGCCACGUCGCGAUACGCCUAGGUCAGACUCCAGAAGCACUGUCAGUGUCACAGUUGGCCAAGUUAGGGGUUACCAGAAUUAGCAUCGGCCCCAGUAUCUUCCAGAUGGCCAUGGAUGCUGCCAAGAGAUCAGCUCUUAAUUUCCUUGAAGGCGGUCGUUUAGGGGAAGUUUAA